GUCUUGCUUUUCCUCUUCAUACCAUUUGAAAAAUAAUACCCUCAAUAACGAACCUUCAAAAGAUACCCUAUUUUAACUCUUUAAUUGUUUAACUUUCUUCUUCAAAAGAAUCAAAAGAUCACACCAGCCAACAUGUCUCUCCCAACUUCCAUGAAAGCUUUGAGAUACUCCAAGCCAGAAGAAUACGGAAUCGUUGAGGUUCCUCUCCCAAAGCUCCGUGACAACGAUGUCUUGGUAAAGGUCAAGGCCUGUGGUGUUUGCGGAACCGAUUUGCACAUCCACGAGGGAGAAUUUAUUGCAAAGUUCCCUCUUAUUCCUGGUCAUGAAACUGUCGGUGUUAUUGCUGCCACUGGACCUAAGGUCAAGGGCUUCAAUGUUGGCGACAGAGUUGUAGCUGAUAACUCCGAACUCUGCGAGGAGUGCUUCUACUGCCGUCGUGGUCAACUCUUGUUGUGCGAGAACUUCAACGCUCACGGUGUUACUAUGGAUGGUGGUUUCGCAGAGUACUGUGCAUACCCAGCCGCAAAGGUUUUCAAGAUCGAGAACCUCUCAGAUGUUGAUGCCACCCUCCUCGAGCCAGCCUCAUGUGCUGCUCACGGUCUUGAGAAGAUUGCACCAAAGAUGGGCUCAUCCGUUCUCAUGUUCGGUGCUGGACCAACUGGUCUCGUUCUCGCUCAAUUGCUCAGACAAAAUGGUGGAUGCAAGGUUGUCCUCGCUGCACCAGGUGGUCUUAAGAUGGAUCUCGCAAAGAAGCUUGAUGCUGCUGAUAUCUACAUCGAACUUUCCCGUGACAACCCAGAAGCUCAAUUCCAACAAAUUAAGGAUGAGUACAAAUAUGGCUUCGACAUUGUCGUUGAAGCUACCGGAAGUGCUAAGAUUCUCGAGGAUGCUAUCAACUACGUUCGUCGUGGAGGCAAGCUCGUAGUCUAUGGUGUCUACAGCAGCUCUGCUAGAGUUACCUGGCCACCAUCCAAGAUCUUUGGUGAUGAGAUCACCAUUCUUGGUUCCUUCUCCGAGACUUACAUGUUCCCUGCUGCUAUCGAUUACCUCGACUCAGGCAAGGUCAAGGUUGACGGUAUCGUUAACAAGACCUUCAAGCUUGAACAAUGGGGUGAAGCUUUGGAGUCUAUCAAGAACAAGAGUGCUAUUAAGGCAGCUAUUGUUUUCGAUUAGAUUAUGUUGGUGUGGAAAAAUAGGAGUCCAAAAAGGAUGACACGAUGUGAUGUUUUGCUCAGUAAUUGAGAGAUAUUAUACCUUUAAAGCGAGCUAUUAGAGCUAGAUUUACGAUUCAAUGAAAAUAAUUUACAGUAUGGAAGUUUUUUA